AUGGCUGCCAUGACUGCGCUUCCUUCAAGCACCUCCCCAGCUCUCAAGUUCGAGGUCCUGGCGCAGUGCGGCAGGGCCAGGGCGUCGCGGAUGACGCUGCCGCACUAUGUGGCCGAGACGCCCAUGUUCAUGCCGGUGGGCACCCAGGGCUCAGUCAAGGGGCUGACCAGCCAGCAGCUGGAGGACCUCGGGUGCCAGGUCAUCCUGGGCAACACCUACCAUCUGGAGAACCGGCCAGGCAGCGAGCUGGUGGCGGAGAUGGGCGGCCUGCACAGCUUCAUCAACUGGCCGCGCGGCAUGCUCACAGACUCUGGCGGGUUCCAGAUGGUGUCGCUGCUGCAUCUGGCAGACAUCGGGGAGCAGGGCGUGACCUUCCAGUCCCCCACAGACGGCAGGCGCAUGCUGCUGACGCCGGAGCACUCAAUCCAGGUGCAGAACCGGCUGGGUGCCGACAUCAUCAUGGCCCUGGACGACGUGGUGCCCUCCACCGCCGCCGACGACGCCCGGUUCGAGGAGGCCACCCACCGCACCACGCGCUGGAUAGACCGCUGCAUCGCCGCGCACUCGCGGCCCGCGGAGCAGAACCUGUUUGCCAUUGUGCAGGGCGGGCUGGAUGAGCGGCUGCGGGAGAUCAGCCUCAAGGGCCUGGUGGCGCGAGACACGCCCGGGUACGCCAUCGGCGGGCUGGCUGGCGGCGAGGACAAGCGCUCGUUUGUCAAGGUUGUUUCCCAAUGCACCGCGGGGCUGCCUGAGGGCAAGCCUCGGUAUGUGAUGGGCAUUGGCUACCCGCUUGACAUAGUCAUCUGCUCAGCCCUGGGCGCCGACAUGUACGACUCCGUGUAUCCCACCCGUACCGCACGCUUUGGGGUGGCGCUGGUGCCCCAGGGGGCGCUCAAGCUCAAAAACGCCGCCUUUGCCAAAGACUACAGGCCGCUGGACGAAGAGUGUGGGUGCAUGGUGUGCCGGCGCUACACGCGCGCCUUCCUGCACCCGCUGGCCGCCAAGGGGCUGCCCUUUGCCGCCAACCUCAUCAGCUACCACAACAUUGCUUACACCAUGCGCCUGUCGGCCCAGAUCCGGCAGGCCAUCAUGGAGCAGCGGUACGCUGAGUUUGUGCGGCAGUACGUCGCGGUACAGUUCCCCAAGGGAGAUGUGCCCGAGUGGGCGGUGCUGGCGGUAGUGAUGGCGGUGGAGGGGAGGAGAUGGCAGCAGCUAAGAUGGCAGCAGCGGCAGGAACAGCGGCAGCAGACAGAGAGGCACCAGCAGCAGGAGCAGCAGCAGCGGUGGGAGGAGCAGUGGGAGGAACAGGAGGUGCGGCGGCGCAGGCGGCGUUAG